UCCGUCCCCGCCUGGCAGCAGGAGCCCGGGCUGGGGGACGCUGCCUGCGGCUGAGGGCAGCGCCGCGCCGCCCGCCCCGCCACCCCGGCCCCCGAGCCUUUCGCCAGCCCCCCCGCCACCUUCUCCGCGCCCCAAAAUGCAGCGCCGCCUCUGCGCCCUGCUCCUGCUGGCGUCCCACUGCAUGGGCUCGGCCGCCGGGAUCUUCCCCUUCGGGGAGCCCGACUUCUCCUACAAGCGCUCCAACUGCAAGCCCAUCCCCGCCCCGAUGCUGCUGUGCCGGGGCAUCGAGUACCAGAGCAUGCGGCUACCCAACCUCCUGGGGCAUGAGACGGUGCAGGAGGUGCUGGAGCAGGCCUCCACCUGGAUCCCGCUGGUGCAGAAGCAGUGCCACCCCGACACUAGGAAGUUCCUGUGCUCCCUCUUUGCCCCCGUCUGCAUCGACGACCUGGACGAGAUCAUUCAGCCCUGCCACUCGCUUUGCGAGGAAGUGAAGGAGAGCUGCGCCCCAGUGAUGUCCGCCUUCGGGUUCCCCUGGCCCGACAUGCUGGACUGCAGCCGCUUCCCCAAGGACAACGAUCUCUGCAUCCCGCUGGCCAGCAGCGACCACAUCCUCCCCGUCACCAGGGAAGCACCCAAGGUCUGUGAUGCCUGCAAAAACAAAAAUGAAGAUGAUAAUGACAUCGUGGAAAACCUCUGCAAAAACGACUUUGCCUUGAAGAUAAAAGUGAAGGAGAUUGCCUACAUCAAUGGGGAUACCAAGAUCACCCCCGAAACAAAGAGCAAAACCAUCUACAAGCUGAAUGGGCUGACAGAAAGGGAUCUGAGGAAGAUAGUGCUCUGGCUCAAAGGUGGCCUCCAGUGUACCUGCGAUGAGAUGAACGACAUCAACGUCCCCUACUUGGUGAUGGGGCAGAAGCAAGCUGGAGAACUAGUGAUCACCUCGCUGAAGCGGUGGCAGAAAGGGCAGCGGGCUUUCAAGCGGUUCUCCCGCAGCAUCCGCAAACUACAGUGUUAGUGGCUUAACCUCUGGCUGUCUCCAGCAGCCACCUCUGUCCCAAGCUCUCUGGGCCCCCCGCACCUUCCUGCUUUGGCUCCUCUGAGCCUCGAGAUGCUGUUGGGCACAAGACACAGUGACCGCUCUCCGAGAGGGGAGGAACCCCUCCGUUUUUGUACAUAAGUUAAAAUGUAAUAAUAAUAAAAAUAAUUAAAAAAAAGACUAUUUUUGGGAAGUAUUACAGUCUCUUGCUUAAAGCUUGCGGUUUUUAUGGUUUUUCUGAGGGUUUUCUCUCUUCAUUUUGGUAAUGCUGGUUCAUUUAUAUUGCAGCUUCUCUGUAUAUGUGCAUGUUUGUUUUGCAAAAGUAGGAGAUGCAGAGAAAGACAGCCACAUGUGUGACUGGCCUGUCACAGUGGGUGCGACUCUUUCACUGAGGUGAAAUGGCUUGCCGUCUAUAUUAACUCUAUAAAGGUCACAUUACGACUCUUGCAUGCAAUACAUAGGCACCCGUAAGAGUAUAUUAACCGUUCUCACAUUUUAUUUUCCACAAGUCUGAGCCCUUCUUUCUCAGAAAAGAAGAACAAGUUUUGGAGCUGGUGGAUCUGAAUGCAACUUUUUUAUUGUUAUUAUUAUUUUGCAAAUUAAACCAUCUGUAGCCUGACUGUAAUAUACCUAGUGGUUAACCCGAAAGAGUUGUAAAAUAUUGCUUUAAUUAACCUUGUAAAUACUCCAGAUGAAUGUUAUAUUCUUGUAUAUAAACUUUACAUCACAGUUUACUCAUUGUCUCUGUAUUCACUUCAGUCCAUUUUUGGAGAACUGGGAGAAAGCUGUCCAACUGGACUUUGACAUAGCAAAGCAGAAUUUGGCAUUCCACCCACAGUAAUUGGUAGAAAAGCACAAGGAAGCCUCUAGCGCUGCAAUCAGAAUAAACAUAGUGGACCUCAUUUCCCUGAAGAUGAAUCAUGAGACACAGGACUGAGGUUCAGUCCACUCAUUUUAAUAUGUGUCUGUUGAGCUCUUUGAGAAGAGGCUUCUUUUCUGUGGCUCCUUUGUUCAACCACCUGCAUUUUCAUCUCGCCUUCUCAGAGGACUCUGCUAAUGUGGGAUUGCAACGAGACCACUUUCUUAAAAAUCAAAUCCGUUUUUUCCAUUUCUUAAAAAAGACAUUUUAAGGAGUGUAAAAGCAGACAGAAAAAUGUUGUUUGCAACUUGCAAUUCAGAAUAAUGGUAGAGCAAGGCUUUUUUUUUUGUGUAUGUACACUCACUAUUCUUACUGAGAAAGAAAAUAAAACCUACCUA